UCAAAAUUCGACGAGACGUAAAAAAACGCGGACGCAGCACAACGCAAAAUCCGUCGGGCUCGCGAGAAAAAAAUACAAUAAAUCCUGUGUCUGCCUGUGCGUGAGUGAAAAAACGCGAAAAGAAAGAAAGGGAACCAUGGCGAGUGUUUUUUUAUAAUCAAAUUUCCACAACACUUUAAACAUAAUCGUAAAUGAAGCAAAAAAUUCUCUUUUAAUUUGGAAUAAUUGUAUUUGUCUUGAAACAAUAUAUUACUGUAAAUAUAUCUUCUUCGUAUAAAAUUUUACUCACAAAAAAAGUCUUAAAAUAUUGGAAUUAAAUUUAAAAUUUCAAAGAGGUCACUUGAAAAAUCAGUAGUAAUUUUUGCCACGUUUUGUACAAACAUAGUUUGUAAGAAGGCAGAAAAAACUGGAAGAAGGAGCCCAAAUGCCAUCCAACUGAGUAAGAGGGAGAAAGCCGAAUACGACAGACUGGGACAGCAUGCGCCAAUGAAAACGUCUCACCAUCCAAAAACGUCCGAUUUCGUUGACUACGCCGUUGCCGGGGGCGGGGGAUCCGGAUUCUAUCCGGGAUUUGGAGCGGGACUAUCAGCCAAGGCGACGUCCUUCUACGGCGAUCUAACGGUGACGGCAACUGUGGACGGGACGCGUCACCAGCAGGAGCAACAGCAACAACAUCAGCAACACCAGCGGCAACCUGCAACAUCGACUUUGUCGGCAGCUAACAGCAAGCGAAAACGUCAGACAGAUUGUGAUUGCGGCUGCGUAGACUCAUACAAUUCCAGCCACGGCCCGCCAGUGCAGCAGAACUCGUCAGCAGCAGCGGGAGCAGGAUCUGGAGGAUCGGCAGCAGGAUCAGGAUCAGACGGAACCGGGCCCAUCAGCAGCCUCAAGACGGCGCACACAAAGGUCGCCACCUCGGGGGGUCAUGCCAACACGCAGCCCCCCAGCAAAAGGUCAAGUAGUGGCGCGGAUGGCGACUACCAGCUGGUGCAGCACGAGGUGCUCUACUCCCUAUCGGCGGAGUAUGAGGUCCUGGAGUUCUUGGGCCGCGGCACCUUUGGCCAGGUGGUCAAGUGCUGGAAGCGCGGCACCUCCGAGAUCGUGGCCAUUAAGAUCCUGAAGAACCAUCCCUCGUACGCGCGGCAAGGACAGAUCGAGGUCUCCAUCCUGUCGCGACUCAGCCAGGAGAAUGCCGACGAGUUCAACUUUGUGCGGGCCUUCGAGUGCUUUCAGCACAAAAACCACACCUGCCUGGUGUUUGAGAUGCUGGAGCAGAACCUCUAUGAUUUCCUCAAGCAGAACAAGUUUUCGCCGCUGCCCCUCAAGUAUAUAAGACCCAUUCUGGAGCAGGUAUUGACUGCCCUGUUGAAGCUGAAACAACUGGGCCUGAUCCAUGCCGACCUGAAGCCGGAGAAUAUCAUGCUGGUGGAUCCAGUGCGUCAACCCUAUCGCGUCAAGGUGAUCGACUUUGGCAGCGCUUCGCAUGUGAGCAAGACGGUUUGCAAUACGUACCUGCAGUCGCGCUACUACCGAGCACCCGAGAUCAUUCUGGGCCUGCCCUUCUGCGAGGCCAUCGACAUGUGGUCCCUGGGCUGCGUGGUUGCGGAACUCUUCCUCGGCUGGCCGCUCUAUCCGGGCAGCUCGGAGUUCGACCAGAUCCGCUACAUCUCGCAGACGCAGGGCCUGCCCACGGAGCACAUGCUGAACAGCGCCUCGAAGACCUCGAAGUUCUUCUACCGCGACGUGGACUCCACGUAUCCCUUUUGGCGGCUGAAGACCACCGAGGAGCACGAGGCCGAGACGAACACCAAGAGCAAGGAGGCGCGCAAGUACAUCUUCAACUGUCUCGAUGACAUUGGACAGGUGAAUGUGCCCACUGAUCUGGAAGGUGGCCAGCUGCUGGCCGAGAAGACGGACCGUCGGGAGUUCAUAGAUCUGCUGAAGCGCAUGCUGACCAUUGACCAGGAGCGGCGUCUAACGCCCGCCGAGGCAUUGAAUCACUCCUUUACACGUCUGACCCAUCUGGUGGACUAUGUCUACUGCAACAAUGUCAAGGCAUCCGUGCAGAUGAUGGAGGUGUGCCGACGCGGCGAUUUCCACACAGUACAACCCGCGUCGACGCUGGUCACUAACUUUGUGCCCUCGAGCACCGAGAACAUGACGUUCACGAUCAACAACCAGUUGACCAGCCAGGUGCAACGUCUCGUUCGCGAUGGCCGUCCGCUGGCCUACGAGGGGCUGUACCAGAUCUACAACGGACGCAGUGUGGCCCGGCAGUAUCCGCAGGCGCGGACGGACAGCUUCCAGCACCAGCUGGUGUCGAACAUCCUGUGCCCGCCCUCCUACCAAACGAUGCCCAGUCCCACCAAGCACGUGGUGGUGGGCAGCGCCACCAUGCAGCCUCCGUUGCAGGUGCCGCCGCAGCAGUAUGUCAAUGUGCCGGUGCCGGUUUCCAUGGUGGAGCCCACCUCUGGCCAGAGGAUGCUCCUCACGAAUCGGGUGCAGGCCAGCGGAGUGGCAUGGCCCCAAACUGGAAGGCAGAUGGCCCUGGUGCCAUCGUGGCCCCAGCAGGCACCCGCCCACUCGCUCAUCGUGGACUCGACGCCGCUGUUCAAUGUGGAAGAGAUCUAUCCCAAGCAUCACCUCAAUUUGCCACGCAAUGAUCUCAAGAAGGAGUCGCCGGCUCAUCAUAUAGCCAAGGGCAACUCUUAUCGCGUGCCGCGCCACGAGAAGAAGGAGCACCAGCAGCUGUCGCCGGUGAAGAAGCGGGUGAAGGAGAGCUCGCCGCCCCACCAGCAGCGGUACCAGCGCACCGCCCACGUUUCGCCGCAGUACCACACGCACCACAACUGCAACUAUGGGAACGGCGGUGGCUACAGCGCCAGUGCGGGAUCGGUGGUGGCCUCCUCGGCUGCCUCUGCUAGCAAUAUUGUGAACGGAAGCUCGUCGAGCUCGCACCAUCAUCAUGUCCCUGUGGCCCAUGCCCAGCCGUACAGCACCUCCUCGGGCCACCACAUUGUGAGCAACUGCAACGCCAACGGAGCCGCAGGCGGAGGAGGAGGAGCUGUGGUCUACCAACAGCCGCCGGCACAUGCCCACCAGCAGCAUCCGCAUGCACAGCAGCCACAUCCGCAUACGCAGAAUCCGCAGCACGCGCAGCACGUGAAGCAGCCGACGAUCACGAUCCACGACACGCCCUCGCCCACGGCAGUGAUUACGAUCUCCGACAGCGAGGAUGAGGGUGGCGAAAGUGGAGGAGUCCAGGUGCCGGUGCUAAAGCAGCGGGCUCAUGCUCAGUCGCAGACCAGCAGCAGCCUGCUGCAGCAUGCACCCAGCUCCUCCUGCAGCAGGAAUAGUGCCCACCAGCAGCCGCAGCAGCAGCAGCAUUCACAUCCCCAGCAGCAGCAGCAACAACAGCAACAGCAGCAGCAGCAGAUCACUUAUGGUAAUGCCCAGAAUCAGACUCAGAAUCCGAAUCAGAAUCAACUGGGAACCGGCAGCGGCAAGGGUAGCCAGCAUAGCAGUAGCCAUAGCAGUAACAGUAGCCACAGUAGCAGUAGUCACCACCACAACCACAACCACCACCCUCAUCAUCUGAAUCCGUCUCAUCAUCUGAAUCUGAAUCUGAAUCCGCCUCAUCAGUCAGCGAGUGGAAGUGGAUCAGCAGCGGGAUCGGGAUCGGGAGCUCAUUUUCAGCACCAGCAACAGCUUCAGCCUCAGCCACAGCCGGCGACGACUCAUCCUCAUUACCAAGCCACGUCCACAUCCUCCUCCACGUCUGCUUCCACUUCCAGUCACCAUCAGCAUCAUCCCACCUCCUCAUCCUCCUCCUCCUUUGGUGCCCCUGCCCAUGUCCCAGUCCCUGUCCCUGUCCACUGCCCCAGCUCCUCCCAAUCUCAAUCUCAGUCGCAUCUCAGUCGCCAUAAGCCAUCGCACGUCCAGCUAGUAAUUCCAUGCGUAACCGUAGGUGACCAUGAUCCGGAGGAUGCCAGACGUCGUCAUCAUGCCGCUGCCGCAGCCGCCGUGGGAAGUCCCAAGCAUCAUCAUCAUCAUCAACAGCAGCAGCAGCAGCAGUCUGUUCCGCACCAGCAGCCAAAUCAUCCGCAGCAGCAGCAGCAGCAGCAGUAUCAGCCGCAGCCACCUCCGCAACAGGUUAUGAGCCAGCCGCAGCCGAGCAUCAAGUACGAGCCGGGCCAAUCCCAGAAGAAGCGCAUCCUGGCCAUGGCCCAGAGCGAGUGUGGCUACCAGCCGCAGGUGCCCAGCCAGCCGCCGCCCUCAUCGGCCAGCUUGCCGCACAUUCCCACCAAGCAGGAGCCGGCCGAGUUCUAUCCGGAGUAUGCAGCUGCUCCGCCGCCGCAGCAGUUGGACACGAAGCGCUCCUCGUGGGCGCCCACCUCCUCGGGAGCAGGCCUACCGCUGGCCCAUCCCAAGCGGGAGGCUCCCUCGGUGGCGCCCAUCAGCUAUGUGGCCCCCCUCGGGCGUGGCUCCUCCCUGGCCCACUCCAAGAGCAGCUCUGCCGCCUCCUCGUCCUCCUCGAUCAGUGCGGCGGCAGCAGCAGCGGCUGCGGCAGCUGCAGCAGCAGCGGCCAGUGUGGGUCCCCCGUCGUGGGGUCCGCCGCAGGUCUAUCGCCAGCCAUCGCAGCCGCCACCGGGCAGCGUGGGAUUGCCAAGCAACCAGGCUCCGCCACCACAUCCGCACCACCACCAGAGCCAUGGCCACCAUCAUCACCAGGCCGGAACUCCGCUGGGCGGAUCGCCAUCCUCGACGGCGGCGGCCGCUCUGCUGCAGCCGGACAUUUAUGCGCAGGGCGACAUCUACCGCAGGCCCACGGUGUUUGUCUCGCAGGCGGCGCCCACGGCGUACGCCUACGCGAAUAGGGCGGUAGUGGCCCCACCUCCGGCCCACAACAGCUCCAGUCGUCAGGUGAUCCCAUCACACCCGCUGCCGGCGCACAUCCAGAUACCCACCCAGUACAGCCAGUUUGGACCGCUCAGUCCUGCCCAGGUAGCCGCCAGCAAACACGCGGCGCACUUCGCGCCCACCAACAUAUGGUAUGGGGCUGAGUAGGCCGACGAAGUUGGGAGUUGGCGGGGACAGGGGCGAUGAGGAGAGACCAGGGACGAGGAUGUGCAUCCACCAGCAGCCAAGAGCCAAGAACCAAGAAUCAAGGUCAACCCAAGCACACACCAACCGCACACCACCACCACCACCACGACCACUGUUGUUAUGAUCUUGAGCUACUAGAGCCCGAUUGAAUGAUUCAACGCUCGAAUCGUUUGUGGCCUCGGACGAGGCUGUUGAUCACCCGGAGCAGAGCCAAGAGCUGCAGCAACAGCAGUUCUGGUGGUUCAUGCUGCUUAUGCAGCAGACCAUCAUCCACAACAACUCCAUGUUGCAGUCAGGCAGCGAUGAUACAGCAGCAGCAGCAGCAGGAGCAGCAACAUCAACAGCAACAACAGCAUCACGUAAAGCACGCCGAAAACAAUAGGCUCCAAAUCCAAAGUCCCCCUCCUCGUCGCCAGUUCUCAGUUAGUUUUUCGAGAUACAACACUGGAUCUCACCAUUGAUUCAUUGAUUACCACUUACCGAUAACCAUUUCUAUUAGUUUUUAUUAUUUUUUAAUAAUAUUAAAAAAUAAAUGUACAGCACUCCUACACGCAGCUGGGUGUACAGUGCUCAGGCUAACUUUUUGCAUGUUGUGUGGUAUUUAGCACAACGCCACACCCACACAAACACACACUACAGCCUAUAGCUUCAAAUACCCUCAAAGUAUGCAAAUUAGAGGCAUAUAUCGAGAGUGGUUUUUUUUCUUCAAAACGAAAGCGUUUCAUUAAUGUGUGUUGUGUGUUUUAUUGAUAACUUCCACAUAAUAUUCUCUAUAAUCCACUUAUAUAUUAUAUACACGCAUAUGUAACACUAUUAUUACGAAUACUAUAUAUCAACCAGAGAGCAAAAGAAGGAACUAGAUUCUAUGGCAUGCCGAAAAACUGCAACAUAUUAGGCUGAAAAGCCACUAAGAGAAAGCUUCGAAAUUCCCUAGCAAGUACCUCAGAAAAUCGAAAACGAAAACUUAACAGCAGCAACAGCAUCAGCAACCAGAAAAACAAAUAAACAACAUUGUUAUGCAAUUUGCCUUUUACACAAACAAGCAACAAAACAAAACGAGAUGACGAUGAAACUGAAACUGAAGAUGAAGAUGAAGAUAUAAAUGAAGAUGAAGACGCAGGAUUAGUGUUAGAGGAGGUUAGUAGAGAACCACAACAAAUUGAAUACCGCAAAAACCUUACUAGCAAACAAAAAGCAAAUAAAAUAGAUAACCCUAGGAGAUAUCAACAAAGAGAACCUAACAAUUACAUAGCUCAUAGAUAUAGUGAAUAGAACACGGGGCAAGGAGGUUAGAUGGCAAACGUUUUUUACACACUCGUAACUCACUCAUAGGAAUAGCCGCGAAAAGAAUUACAAAUACGAUUAACAAUUAACAUACAACAAAUAACAAUUCUAAAUUAUGUUUAACGAGCAACAACAAAUAUUUAUAGGAACAAUUGUAUAUAAUUGCAUAGAUAUCGAUACUAGAACUAGCCGGAGUCCAACUAAAGUCCGAUUUUUUUAAACUAAUCAGCGUUGCUAAGUACGGGUUUCUCAAAUGCGAGUUAGGGUUUAGAAAAUUUCUUAACCGGCACUUUAUAACUGCCUGAAAUUUUAACUAGCAGUCGAGAAACCGGGCUUGCUUCUGCAAUCCGUUUAAUUUUUAAAAUUCACAUUUAUUUUUAACCCAUCUGUGUCCCAAAACAAGAUCUACGUAUUAGUUAUUCUUUCGACUAGAGAAACGCUUCAGAAAGUUUACUAAAGUACAAAACCAAACAAAAAUAAAAAGCAAUCUAGCAGUUUAGACUUUUAGAGUUGGCCCCAUCCCCCCACACUACAAACCCUUGUUUUAGGCUUUUUCCCCAGAGAAAAUCUGUAAAUAGAUAGAGAACGCAAUUUUGUACAAACCUGGCUUACUUUAAACACGCCCACUAAAUCCUAUAUUUAAAAUAUAAACUAAAUCUUGUUAAAUAGGUUUCCUAAAGUAUUUCGUAGUUAGAAUUAAACUUAACUUGUCGCGUAUAAAAUAACCGAGCAGCAACUAAUAUUUUUGGUUCUCUUGGGGCCGAUUUCUCAGUUGUCGACUUAAUGUGACUUUGAGAAAUCGGCACUUGGAGGGUGUCCCUUCCUAUAUAAAGAAAUAUAUACUGAUACUGAUACAGAGCAGAAGUUAAUUUACCAUCCUCUCCGCCCCUUCCUAGUUCAGCUGUGUACAGUAGCGAUUUCGGGACCGGGAUCGGGAUAAAUUAACUCCGACGAAAAGGAUCUAGCAUAUAAUUAUUGUGAUGUAGUUUUUAACAAGCAAGAGUGGAGCAGAAAGUUUUUUGUCAGUCGUCGUCGUCGGCGAAUAGAAAUUACCUAAAAUUAUGAAUAACCCAUUGCGGAUACGGAGACGGAAUAUGCAUCUAUAUGUUAACUAAUUAGUGUGCAGAAUUCAAUAGCGUUAGCACGAUAACAAAUCGUUUUUUUAACCAAGUAAAUAACUUUUAAACAACCGAAAAAAAAACACUUUUUGUAGUAGAAGAAGGAUGAGAAAUUAGCAUGCAUAGGCGUAAUUAAGAAACGUUAGUGUUGUGAAUAUAUACGAGUAAAUACGGAAAACAAAAAGAAUUAUGGAUAUAUUUUGUGUAUAAACAAUAACGGCAACCAGCAGCUAACAAUUGUAAAAAACAAUAAGCGAAAACCACAGCUCGGCAGAUUUAAGAUUCUUGUUUAAAGUCGAGAGAACCUUAUCUAGAUAAUAGACAUAGAUGUAUUCAACAAGUUCUUUUUUUAUAGAAAUUUUAUGGACCAUUCAACUAAAAUAUAUAUAGUUAAAUAAGCAUGGGUAUUGAAUAAAAAGGAAUAACAACCGCUGUGUGACCGUUUAGUAUGUCAGCGGAAAAGUUGCGAUCUGUGUUUCCGAUUUGUGUUUCUUGUCCUGCACCCACUCAGUGUGCAAAUUUAUAUUAUAAACGAAUAUGCUAGAUAUCUGCGACGGCAGAGGAACUUUUCUUCACUUUCUACUCAAUGUUUAGGAGCAUCAAAAAGAAAGCAAAAUCGAAAAAAAAAAACAAGAAAACAAAUCAAGAACGCUUUAAAUGUAACAAAAACGAAACGUUAAUAGACUUAUGAAAACAACAAACAAACAAAUUAACUUUAUAUUAAACGACAAAUUAAAUUUAUAUUAACAACCAACAAAUUACAUUUAUAUUUAGAAAAACUGAAAACAACAAACAAAUUAAACGUAUAUUAAACACUCAAUAAGCAGUCAGCUGGGUCUCGGUCGCUCGAAGACGUUUGUGGCCCACUGUCGAAAGAUUUGUAUUUAAGAGGGAUUAAGAGGAGGCGAUCGGAAAGAUCCGAUCCAAUCCGAUCCGAUCCCCACAAAAACUCUAAUAUACGUAUAUAUUUAAAUGAGAAAUGUUUUAACUGUGUAGCCUUAAUAUUUGUACUCGUCGUCCUCUCGAUUUCCAACAAAAAAUUAUGAUAUACGAUACUAUAGAGCGAUAAAUGCUGAUCGGUGUUUACUACAAUAUUUCAUAUGUACUUGUUUAAUCAUACUUAAGGAUGAGUUGCCUUUACUGUACUAUUUUAACCAUUUAAAUUUACUUUUAAUUUACUUUGUUUCUCUGCUUAACUUUGUUUAAUAUAUAUAUCAUUUAAUGUAUAAUGGAAAAUAGCCACAACAUACACCAUAUAUAUUGCUUACUAUUAUAUAUCCUACAAAAUACAGAAAUCGUAAAUAUAUAUAUGAACAGACAUCAUAA